UGGAUCCGGAUUGUUGCAGCAGCUGCACGUAGUCCCACAGCACCCACGCAGACAGGCAGCCCCAGCGAGCAGAUCGCACCGCUCUGACCGCCUCACCAUGCACUGUGUCCGGGUCUGGACACGCAGCCUCUGCCGUGUGGAGUACUUAGGAGCGUGGAGACGAAGCCUGAGUCACACGGCCGCUGGCAAGCUGGAUCUCAGCGGCAUUUAUCCGCCUAUUGCCACUCCGUUCACCGCCAAGGAGGACGUGGACUAUCAGAAGUUGGAGGAAAACCUGCUGAAAUAUGCUAAGAUACCUUUUAAAGGUCUAGUGGUCCAGGGCUCCAAUGGUGAGUAUCCAUUCCUGACAGAGGAGGAGCGGGUGGAGGUGGUGAAAGCGGUCAGACGAUACUUACCACUGGGAAAGCUGCUCAUGGCUGGAUCGGGCUGCGAAUCCACCAAAGCCACCCUCCAGCUCACAGAGAAGAUGGCGGCAGCCGGAGCGGACGCAGUCCUUGUGGUGAACCCAUGCUUCUACAAGGGCAAGAUGGACAGCCGUGCUAUGAUUCAUCAUUUCACAGAGGUGGCAGACAGCAGCCCAGUACCAGUGGUUCUGUACAGCGUGCCAGCCAAUACGGGCUUAGAACUGCCAAUGGAUGCUGUGGUGGAGCUCUGUCAGCACCCAAACAUCCUGGGCCUCAAAGACAGCGGAGGAGAUAUCACAAGGAUUGGCCUGAUUGUUCACAAAACCGAGGCGCAGGAUUUCCAGGUUUUAGCGGGCUCAGCGGGGUUUCUGAUGGCUGCCUAUUGUGUUGGUGCUGUCGGUGGAGUGUGUGCGCUGGCUAACGUGCUGGGCCAGGAGCUGUGUGAAUUGGAGCGUCUGUGUGAGUCUGGUCAUUGGGAGGAAGCCAGAGUCCUGCAGCAGCGGCUCAUCGAACCCAAUGCAUCCGUGACCAGAAAAUUGGGAGUUCCUGCCCUCAAGCAGGCGAUGGAGUGGUUUGGUUACCACGGCGGCGCCUGCCGUUCUCCUUUACAGCCGCUUACAGAGGCAGAGACUCAGCAGCUGAGACGGGACUUCUCCACCAAUGGAUGGCUCUGAAGGGAGAUGGGCAGUGUGUGUGUGUGCAUGGGGGGGUGUAUGGGCAAGUGAUUUUUUCAUCUGUAUGAGUUUGGCUUGGCAUUGAAACAGAAAUAAAAAUAUCCUCAUGCAGCUUUGAA